GGAGGAGGAAGAGGAGGAGGCGUCGAGCGUGUGUGUGUGUGUGUGUGUGUUCCCGCGCACGCGCGCGGGCGGGCGUGCACAGGAGAGCAGCGGCCGCCAUGUUAACCAAGAAGCCCGGAGCCUCGGUCCUCCCGACGGGCAAACCGGGCGAGCCGGUCUUCUCUCCCGGUCACGUCGGCUCUCUGACGACGUCGCCCGUCACGCUGCCGCCUCUGCGUAACAACAACCUCAACCCGCUGACGAGUGGCGCUAAAGCGGCCAUGUCGGAGGGCGUGCAGCUGGCGUCUCAGUCUCAGGUGCACUUUACGCAGCUGUUCGACGACAACGGCGUCAAGCGUCCCCAUCUGAGCGGGCAGCCCAACGGCCUGGCGCCGCUCGCCCCCGUCCGGCCGGGUCCGCCCUUGCCAGAGCGCCACGCCGCCGACGCCGCCUCCGCCCACCACGGCCGCCCGGGCGCCGCGGCGCACAAGUCGUCCGACGGCAAAGCCAAGACCGCCGCCUCCACGCCGGAGCAGGCCAUGAAGCAGUUCAUGUCCAAGAUGUCCUCCUUUGAACACCACGAGGUUUUCAGCUUCCCUGAGGUUUAUUUUGUGGGGCCCAAUGCGAAGAAGAGGUCGGGGGUCCUAGGGGGUGCCAACAACUGUGGCUACGACGACGACCAGGGUUCCUACAUCCAAGUACCGCAUGACCAAAUCGCGUACCGGUACGAAGUCCUCAAGGUGAUCGGCAAGGGCAGCUUCGGACAGGUGGUGAAGGCGUUCGACCACAAGACCCAGACGCACGUGGCGCUCAAGAUGGUGCGUAACGAGAAGCGCUUCCACCGGCAGGCGGCCGAGGAGAUCCGCAUCCUGGAGCACCUGAGGAAGCAAGACAAGGACUCGAGCAUGAAUGUCAUCCACAUGCUGGAGAACUUCACCUUCCGCAACCACAUCUGCAUGACCUUCGAGCUCCUCAGCAUGAACCUGUACGAGCUGAUCAAGAAGAACAAGUUCCAAGGCUUCAGUCUGCCCCUGGUGCGCAAGUUCGCGCACUCCAUCCUGCAGUGUCUGGACUCACUGCACAAGAACCGCAUCAUCCACUGCGACCUCAAGCCGGAGAACAUUCUGCUCAAGCAGCAGGGACGCAGCGGGAUCAAGGUGAUCGACUUUGGCUCCAGCUGUUACGAACAUCAGAGAGUCUACACGUACAUCCAGUCCAGGUUCUACCGAGCACCGGAAGUCAUCCUUGGUUCCAGGUACGGGAUGCCCAUCGACAUGUGGUCCCUGGGCUGCAUCCUGGCCGAGCUCCUGACGGGAUGCCCGCUGCUUCCGGGUGAGGAUGAAGGCGACCAGCUGGCGUGCAUCAUAGAGCUUCUGGGCAUGCCCAGCCAGAAGCUCCUGGACGCCUCCAAGCGGGCUAAGAACUUCGUGUCGUCCAAAGGCUACCCGCGCUACUGCACCGUCGCCACGCUGGCUGACGGCACCGCGGCGCUCAACGGCGGGCGCUCGCGGCGCGGUAAGCUGCGAGGGCCGCCGUGCAGCAAGGACUGGAGCGCUGCUCUGAAGGGCUGCGACGACCCACUCUUCUUGGACUUCCUCAAACAGUGUCUGGAAUGGGACCCCACCAUCAGGAUGACGCCCAGCCAGGCGCUGCGUCAUCCCUGGCUGCGGAGGCGACUCCCCAAACCGCCCACCGGGACCGCCGCGGACAAGACGGCCUCGUCGAAACGGGCGCCCCCCGCCGAGGGCGCCGUCACCUCCAUCUCCAAGCUCUCGGCGCCCUCGGCCAAAACCAGGACUAACCUGGCGCCCAUCACGGACGCCAACGGGAACCUCCAACCGCGGACGGUCCUGCCCAAACUGGUAAGCUGAAAGUGAGCGCACCCCCGUCCGAACCAAUGAGGAAGUCUUCACGAGCUCGCAGAUGCAACGUCGCUUGACUCGAGACUGGCUGGGGUGCGUUCAGGACCGAUGGGAAAGUGCAGCGCUAUGAAGUGGUGUGUUCAGGCUCCUCCGGUAGAGUGACACAGACAAUCAUCACAACGGUGCUGACUGAGGGAACAAGGCUGUUUUCAUCUUUUAGCACAUUAUUUAUCGACCUGUAGACUCUCAAAAAUGUUUUUUAACCAUCAGGUCAACUUGUUUUUAUCUGGGAGAUGAAGCUCACAAACUGGCGCUCGCUAAUUAGCCGUGCGCCUACAGUAUGUAGCUAUUGGCACACUAGUGCGCAUUGGGAAGCGUUAGCCAUAAGAUAAAAAUGGCAUCAAGCUAUUAGCGAGCUAACCUAGAAGAGAAGUCUUACAUCGUGUUCAAUUGCUUAGUUUUCAGUUAGCGCCUCGGUUAGCAUUAUGCUAAAAGACGCUUCUUUGUGUGCGCUUAGCAUCAUGAGGCCCCACGAUGCCAACUCUGAUCUGAGGUUAAUUCGGUUCAGACGCUCUCGCACAAAAAGCGCACAAUCGCUUCACUUUGCUAAUCCUGCCAAUGGACUAUGCACGCAGCACUUGCGCAUUUGGAGUAAGGUGGCGUACUAACUUUCGCGUUUGGGUUACGGCGGUGUGCUAACACGCGGUUGCCAGAAAAAUGCAUACCGAGAACAACAACAGCGUCAAACUCGCCGUCUAUUGGAAUUACAUCAAGUUACCGUGAAUGAUGUAUGAACUUCAUAAUUGCGACACUUUUCCAAGUGUCUGCGAAGUGAUCAAAGGAAAGUGAUUGGAUUUAAUGAGCCAUUCGCAGUUUCACGGUCCGUACAUGCGACGUACGCACGCGUGUGCUUAGGCAUGCGCGGCUUCGUCUUUGAAACUCAACUUCCUUUCUCGAGCACGUGUAACAAAGUGCUGUCCAUCAAGAUUGAACAUAGAUCGAAUAGAAAGCCUUUAUUGCCCUUGUAUGGUGCAGACACAGCAAAAUUGGGGUUAUGAAAACAAGUUAAAAUAAAAUGAUUAUGACGAUGAUUUUCUACUGGCAGGCAUGCAUUACUUCAAACACUUUCACAAAUUUAUACAAAUUCGUCCUUACCUCUGAAAUAACAGCAUUUAUUUUGCUGUCUGCUAUUGUAUGAAUGCAAAAUGGCUGCCUGACGACAGACCCCUCUGGUGCCUUGCGACAACAUCAUGAGGCAGCCUCCAGCGGCAUUCGCAGAAAAGAACGACAAGAAAAAAGAGCUCUUUCCACACUAGGAUGUUUGUUUUCGUUUUCAUGGACGAUGAAGCAAAAGGAGAAAAAGGCACAAAUGUCUUGAGCAGCGUCACAGAACAUUGUAAAACAUCAAACUUCAUUUCGGUCACCUCAAACUGAAGACAUUUUCUCAUCAAGUUUUUUUUUUUUUCUAGGAAACAAUGAUGACCUUUUGAUGGAUAACAACUGCCAAUAUUACAAAUACGUACUCAUUUCAGUCAAACGAAUUGAUUUUUCCUCAAGAAAUUCAGUGGGCCACGUCUUGACCGUUAUUGAUCAAAUGAUAGUAAUAUCACACAUUGACAUAACGAGGUUGUUUUUCUGUCGGAUGGCGUCGACACCGGAAACUCGUACGCCACCUGACCUUCUGCCCAGAAACGCUUUACGUGUUGCCGUGCGUACCGUCCAUCCGAGUGCAAAAAUGUUUUUCCUUCAGUUGGUGUUCGACUUCUUUUCUGCGGUUAGCAUCAUGCUAACUCUUAGCGGAGUCUAAUUCAGGAAUCCUCACAUAAACAGCAGACAACGGCUUCAUAUUUUGCCAAUACUGCCAACUCCACUCCAGCCGUUUACAGUACAAAAAAAAAGAAAAAGACAAUUAUGAUGAUGACGAAGAGUCCGUGUCAACACAGCGUUUUACACUCUGAGGGAGUCAUCCAUUUUAAGCCAUUUUCUUUUUCUAACCUUGUGUGUGUGCGUGUGUCCACAUGAAAAAUCCCACCGCAAGCGAACGCCCGAUGAAGACGCGCCCGGGAUGUUAUUUAUGAAUAUUUAUUAGCGACCUUUUUUUUUUUUUUGACCAGGAUGUACAGCAAAUACUUGAAUGUGUGUGUGUGUGUGUGUGAGUGAGAGAGAGAGAGAGAGAGAGACAGCGACGUGGAACACACUAUUUGCUUUGCAAUAACCCCGAGUGAGACAGCGAAACUUUUUGUGCCUUCAAAGAUCUCGACACCAAACAGAGACGACGAUGCAUUCAAGUACCAUUGGAACUUUUCACAACAGGAAGUUAAACAUGCGGACGCAUCGGCCGGCUGACGUCACUUGUUGCCGAUGACAAUGCGGCAGGGCUAAGCUAACCCCAGCGACUCCGCUACUAGCGUCCAAAUGCUAGUCGCUAUACUGCAAUGACGUUUGUUUUCUAUUUACGCUAGCCCUGAUGCUAACAGCGCUAGUUGCGUGGUUUGAUGGGCACUCAAGCUAGCUGUUAGCAUUAGCAUUAUUGUUUUGGUAGGGCUAAUCUAACACUAGCCAAUCAACUGCUAGCGUCCAAAAUUGUAGCCACUGCACUGAUGUUUUUUUAUUAGUGACACUCAAUGCUAACUGCUAACAGAGUAGUAGCAGCAGGUUUUAACCAGUGAUAAAGCUAGCCGUUAGCACGAACAUUACUGUUAUGGUAUGUCAAACUCAGCUUGGUUGUGAUGAACAUCCAGGACACUUGGUUGAAUCUACCAAAGUGUAUUCCUCUACAAGACUAGCGGUGAGCUAAGCUAACAUUUGCCAAUUGACCGCUAGUAUCAAAAUGCUAGCGGCAGCGCUGAUGUUUAUUAAUGAAGCUAGCCCACUGCAGAUAGAGCACUAGUAGCACGCAGCAGCAUUGUGACCUAGCUGUGAGCGUUAUUCAUUAUUCAAUAGGGCUGAGCUAAUACUAGCCCAUUGACCAUGAGCAUCCAAAUGCUAGCCUCCGCACUGACGUUUGUUUUCUAUUCGUGACGUCGCUAGCACACACUGCCGAGGGAGUGCUAGUAACAGCUUUUGAUGAGCACUUGAGCUAGUUGUUAGCAUUACCAUUAAGGUUCUUUGGUACCUCAAACUAAGCUCAGCUGUGACAAUGAACACAACGUGACAAACACCAAGGGCAAUUUGUCCACUUUACCAAAGUGCAUUCCUUUACAACCAGGCAGGUAAGCUAGCAGCGAGCUAGCUGCCGAAAGGGAUGACAGAACAAGUGGAGAAAUAAAUCCAACCUAACUUGCGAAAGGCGGCGGUUACACAGUACUGACCUCUUGCUAGCAUGACAAACGCUACAUGUUGAGCGCAGCUAGCGUGCUAGCCAAUGACGAUAGCUUGUUACGGACGGAUGCUACUGUUAGCUGCGCUGUAUUUUUGUAGCGUUUGUAAUUUUCGACGUGUAUGUAUGAUGUCGUGCGGACAAAUUAAUGCUGCGGCCAGUUUUACUAUGUACUGUACACACACACACACACACACCUUUUUAGUGAGCUUUUGUUACUUUAUAUUGUGGUGGAAUAUGAAUAUUAUUAAUAAAAGUCUAUUAUUGGCCA